GCCCCCUCACAUAAACCUCUCUUUCCUUUAUAAAUUCUCCACUCUUCACACUCUCACUUUUGUUCAUGUACCAAAGAAGUCCCCAACAAACACAAAAUAAUCAACAGAGAGAGUCAGAGAGAUAAUGGGUAAUAACUAUCGGUUUAAGCUAUCGGAGUUAAUCCCUAACGCUUGGUUUUACAAACUUAGAGACAUGUCCAAAUCCAAGAAGAAGAAUCUUCAGAGCCAACCAAAUAGCACCACCUCCAAGAAGAAACACCACGCAGUCCCUACUCCUACGUCCACAACGCCACUCAGUCCUAGGCCUCCUAGGCGCCCUUCUCACUCUUCCAAAGCGCCACCCUCCCAUCCUCCCAGGAAGUCCUCCGGGAACCGUCUUCGUCACCGAGCCACCGUCGACUCUAAGUCUUCCACGACUUCCGGCGACAGCACUACCACAGAAACAGGUUCUUUCUCACCGGACUUUCGCUCGGAUCAAGUUCUCCUCCCCGACGAGUCAUUAACGGGCUCCUGGCACAGCCCUUGCAGCUCCAAGUUAUCCAAAACCGCAACCUUUACGCCGCCGCCGGAACUCGAACUCCGGCCCAUCAUUACCAAAACGGCCGCCACCGCACGGAAAACGGCGGUGAAUUCUCCGGCGGGGGUGAGACUUAGAAUGCGGUCGCCGCGGAUCUCGGUGAGCAGCAGCGCAAGAAGAAGCGGGUCGUCGGCUCGGCGGAGCAGGGCGGUGGUGAAGGCGUCGGUGGAUCCGAAGAGAGACUUUAAGGAGUCGAUGGAGGAGAUGAUCGCUGAGAACAAGAUAAGAGCGACAAAGGAUCUAGAGGAGCUUUUGGCUUGCUAUCUCUGUCUCAAUUCAGACGAAUAUCACGCUAUUAUCAUCAAUGUCUUCAAGCAAAUCUGGCUUGAUCUUAAUCUUCCACCACCCCAUUCCAAAUAAUUUUAUUAUUAAGAAAAAAACAUCUUCUUAUAUAGUAUUAAUUACUCCUUAAUAAUUAAUCGCUCUACUGAAUAAAAAUGUAAAUAUAUAUGAUGUUGAUGAUGAUGAUUCUUGUACUAACUAUAUUUAUAUGUAAUAAUGGUCUAGAGAGAGCCUACAGUCUUGUACUUGCAUAACGGCCAUCGUUGAUGAUAUCAAGUACAGGAAUUUUCUAUCCGGAUUGGUACUCUUCUACGAAUCUUACUUUGCACGGACAAGCAAGUGUUACUUUAAAUCAAAUUUUGAAUGUGGACGACUAUAAACCUACUUUUGCG